CCUGUGGUGCCCACAAUGCCCCAGGCUUCUGAGCACUGCCUGGGACGGACCCGAGAGCCACCUCUUAAUGUCCAGCCCCGAGUGGGAUCCAAGCUACCAUUUGCUCCCCGGGCCCGGAGCAAGGAGUGCCGGAACCCAGCCCCUGGGCUGAACCCCAUGUUACGACCUCUGCCUCCUAGGCCAGGUCCCCCUGAAGAACGGCUCAAGAAACUGGAGCUGGGACGGGGACGAACCUCAGGCCCUCGUCCCAGAGGCCCACUUCGGGCAGAUCAUGGAGUUCCCCUGCCUGGCUCACCACCCCCAGCUGUGGCUCUGCCUCUUCCUUCCAGGACCAACCUAGCCCGUUCCAAGUCUGUGAGCAGUGGGGACUUGCGUCCAUUGGGGAUGGCCUUGGGAGGGCACCGUGGCACUGGAGAGCUAGGGGCUGCACUGAGCCGCUUAGCUCUCCGGCCUGAGCCACCCACUUUGAGACGUAGCACCUCUCUCUGCCGCCUUGGGGGCUUUCCUGGGCCGCCCACCUUGCUCAGCAUACGAACAGAGCCCCCUGCUUCCCAUGGCUCUUUCCACGUGAUAUCUGCCCAGCCCUCUGAACCUUUCUACUCCGAUGACAAGAUGGCUCAUCACCCACUGCUUCUGGGUUCUGGUCACGUUGGCCUCCGAAACCUGGGGAACACGUGCUUUCUGAAUGCUGUGCUACAGCGUUUGAGCAGCACGCGGCCUCUUCGGGACUUCUGUCUGCGAAGAGACUUCCGGCAAGAGGUGCCUGGAGGGGGCCGAGCCCAAGAGCUCACUGAAGCCUUUGCAGAUGUGAUGGGUGCCCUGUGGCACCCUGACUCCUGUGAAGCUGUGAAUCCUACUCGGUUUCGAGCUGUCUUCCAGAAAUACGUUCCCUCCUUCUCUGGAUACAGCCAGCAGGAUGCCCAAGAGUUUCUGAAGCUCCUCAUGGAGCGGCUGCACCUUGAAAUCAACCGACGAGGCCGCCGGGCUCCCCCCGUCCUGGCCGAUCGUCCAGCUUCCUCCCCACCCCGCCGCGGAGGGGCUUUGCUGGAAGAACCUGAGUUAAGUGACGAUGACCGAGCUAACCUAAUGUGGACGCGUUACCUGGAGCGAGAGGACAGCAAGAUUGUGGACCUGUUUGUGGGCCAGUUGAAAAGUUGUCUCAAGUGCCAGGCCUGUGGGUAUGGCUCCACAACCUUCGAGGUUUUUUGGGACCUGUCCCUGCCCAUCCCCAAGAAAGGAUUUGCUGGGGGCAAGGUGUCUCUGCGGGAUUGUUUCAGCCUUUUCACCAAGGAAGAAGAGCUAGAAUCGGAGAAUGCCCCCGUGUGUGACCGAUGUCGGCAGAAAACACGAAGUACCAAAAAGUUGACAGUACAAAGAUUCCCCCGAAUCCUUGUGCGCCAUCUUAAUCGAUUUUCCGCCUCCCGAGGCUCCAUCAAGAAAAGUUCAGUAGGUGUAGACGUCCCGCUGCAGCGACUAAGCCUAGGGGACUUUGCAAGUGACAGAGCCGGAAGGCCCGUCUAUCAGCUGUAUGCCCUUUGCAACCCCUCAGGCAGCGUCCACGAUGGCCACUACACAGCCCUGUGCCGGUGCCAGACUGGUUGGCAUGUCUUCAAUGACGCGCGUGUCUCCCCUGUCAGUGAAAACCAGGUGGCAUCCAGCGAGGGCUACGUGCUGUUCUACCCACUGACGCAGGAGCCACCCCGGUGCCUGUGA